ACUUGGUCCGCCUCGCACCGACCGGUCUCUCACUCGCGAGAACGACUCGCGGCCCGCAGCGCCACCACGACGGCCACCACGACGACGUGCUCCAGCAGGACUCCGCGCCGCCGUCCCCGCGCUCCCCGCCGAGGCCCUGCUGCUGCUGCCCUUGCUGUCCACCGCGAGGCGCCGCCCCAGGCCCUGAAGGCCCUCGCCCUGAACACCCUCGCCCUGCUGCCCAGGGCCAAAGUGGACCCGCGGCUCCCGGCGGCCCCGAGCACGGCGACGACGACGCUGGCGGUCGUCACCGAGAUCACGCCCUUCUUGAAGAUGCUGGCACUGGCUGCCUGCGUCAGCCGGGACAGAUAACAUUUGCUCAGGCGCGAGCGGGUCUGCCUUUAGCCCGCGUCGCGGUUCCAUUCAUCAACUGUCCGGCUUGCUGUCCGGCUUGCUGUCCGGCUUGCUGUCCGGCUCGCUGUCCGGCUUGCUGUCCGGCUUGCUGUCCGGCUCGCUGUCCGGCUUGCUGUCCGGCUCGCUGUCCAGCUCGCUCUCCGGUUCACUGCCGAGUUUACUGCCCGGCUUGCUGUCCGGCUUGCUGUCCGGCUCGCUGUCCGGCUUGCUGUCCGGCUUGCUGUCCGGCUCGCUGUCCGGCUUGCUGUCCGGCUCGCUGUCCGGCUCGCUGUCGAGAUGGCCGGCCUGAGGGACGCGCAGCUGGAGACGCAGCUGGAGAGGCAGCCCCUGAUGAGGCCCUUGGGGAGGGGGUCGGCGCCCGGCUCGGAGUGGACGCAGCACCUCGCCGCCAUCCUGGGCACGCUGCUGUCCGUGUCGGCCGGCACGGUGCUGGGCUGGACGUCGCCCGCGCUGCCGCUGCUGGGGCUGCCGGAGGAGCAGCAGGCGUGGGUCGGCUCGCUGGCGCCGCUGGGCGCACUGCUGGGCGCCCUGCCGGCCGGGCUGCUGGCGGAGCGCGUGGGUCGCCGUCGCCUCCUCAUCGGCCUCGGCCUGCCCUACCUCGCCGGCUUCCUCAUGCUGGCCUUCGCCGACGCCAGCACCGUGUGGCUGGUGUACGCGGGCCGCCUGACGUGCGGCGUGUCCAUGGGCGCGAGCACACUGGUGCUGCCGCUGUACUGCGACGAGGUGGCCGAGGACCGCAUCCGCGGCGCGCUCGGCGUCUACCUGGACCUCAACAUGACGGUCGGCAUCCUGCUGGUGUACGUCCUCGGCGCCUACCUGUCCGUCAUGUGGAUGUCCCUGGCGUGCGCCGGCGUGCCGCUGCUGUUCCUCGUCACCUUCCCCUUCAUGCCCGAGUCGCCGGUGCACCUGCUCGCCAAGGGCCGCCACAGGGAGGCGAGCGAGUCGCUGGCGUUCCUGCGGCCCAACAAGGACUUCGGCCCCGAGAUGGCGGCCAUGCAGAAGAUGGUGGACGACGCGGCGGACCGGGACCGCAAGAAAAGCAAGGGCAACUUGAACGGCGCGCUCCAGCCCCGGGACCCGACCCCUCCGCGCGCCGUCACGGAGCUGUCGCGGCGCGGCAGCCAAGACGGCGAAGACCCGCCCGUGCCCGCCACCGCGCGCGCCGUGUGCCUCGUGCUGGGGCUGAUGGGCGUGCAGCAGCUCUGCGGCAUCAACGCCAUCAUCUUCUACACGGUGGACAUCUUCGAAGCGGCCGGCAGCUCCCUGUCGCCCUGGGUGGCCACCAUGAUCGUGGGCGCCGUGCAGGUGGCGGCCUCCGUGGUGUCCUUCUUCGUGGUGGACCGCGCGGGCCGGCGGCCCCUGCUGGCCACGUCGUGCCUGUUCAUGGCCCUGUCCCUGUCCGCGCUCGCCCUCUACUUCUACCUCCAGGUGGAGGGCGGGGCCUGGGGGGCGCUGCCGGUGGCCGCGCUCUCCGUGUACAUCUUCUUCUACUCGUGGGGCUUCGGGCCGCUGCCCUGGUUCAUGAUGGCCGAGCUGCUCCCCGUGGACGCCAAGGACUGGGGCAGCGCGCUGGCCAUCGCCACCAACUGGGCGCUCGUCUUCCUCGUCACCAACACGUUCCAGGGCUUCAUCGAGGCGGCCGGCACCGUCACCACCUACGCCCUGUUCGCCGGCGUGUGCCUCGCCGGGCUCACCUUCGUCGGGCUGUGCGUCCCCGAGACCAAGGGCCGCUCCCAGGAGGACAUCCAGACCAUGGUGCGCGAGGGCAGAGUCUCCUAGAGUCUACCCCCGCAACUUGCUCGCUCUCUCAAUUCGGGAAGGAAAAGCCUGAUUUCCAGGCAGCAAAUAGUCAACAUUCGUUCCGACGUAUUUUUAUUUAUCACAACCUGAUGUUUACAAGCGUUACAGUGUGCGCAACGGGGCGCACCGUUCCAUUUCGCAUCCUUAUGUUGUCGUUUUUGGCGACCCUUAUUCGUAACGUAUCAGGGAAUUUUUCUACGGAGACACAUAGAAAACACAGAACCAUUAUAGUAUAUGUACGAAAAUUGGUUAAUUCUAAGACACACAGAAUGUCUUGUGAACAAGAUCAAUCCAACAUUCAUAAAUUUAGUACAACAGAAAAAAAUGAAUAAAUAAAUUUUUCGCGGAUUUCGGUUGGAAAGAAGAGAAACGUCUGUCUCUGACAGUGAAUAAAUUACAGCUUUGGUGUUAGGACCAAUGAAACAGACGAAUAUCUACAGAAAUUAAAUAUAAGUCAAUGAAGACCAGCGAAGGUAUCGGUUUAUGUACAACUCACCUUAUAAGAUAACUGUAUGUACAACUGAGGUGGUUUUUUUUAAUAAAGUAGUUUUUUUAAUUAACAAA